AUGAUAUUCUUAUAGUUAAUUAGUUAAUUUGCUGUUGUAAUCAUUAAUUAAUAAAAUGGGAAAUUGCACACUAAAGUCAACAGAGUCAGAAGAUUAAACAGGUAAUACUAUGAGUUAAGUUUAGUAAUUUCGAUUUCUAAUUUCACACAGAAGAGUGUUAUAGGCAAGGGAGGCUUUGGAAAGGUAAGAUUAUACCAAAUAAUAAAGGAAAUUAGGUCUGGAUGGUAGAGAACAAAAAGUCGAAAAGUUUGUAUGCUAUGAAAAUAAUGUCAAAAGCUAAGUUAAUAAUGUAAAUAUUUGAAAUAGGAUCAUCGCCAAGAAAAGUGUGUAAUCAGUAAUGAAUGAAUUAUAACUACUUAGUUAAUUGAAACAUAAGUAAAAGUAACCGAUUAACUUAGUUUCAUUAUUAAUAUGUAAGCAGCAUUCUAGGAUAGAGACAAUCUCUACUUGGUCAUGGAUUUAUUAACAGGUGGAGAUCUGAGAUACCAUCUAUGUAAAUAAAGGAAAUUUACUGAAGAACAAACUAGUACUCAAAAAUAAACAAAAUAGAAUUCUUUGUGGUUUGUAUAAUAGUCUCUUUGGAAUAUUUACAUGUAAAUGGCAUUCUCCAUCGAGAUGUGAAACCAGAAAAUCUAGUCUUUGAUGAUAAAGGAUACUUAAAAUUGACAGAUAUGGGAAUUGCCCGUUAAUGGAAACCAGAAAACGCAUAAGACACUAGUGGCACACCUGGAUACAUGGCUCCAGAAGUAAUGUGCAGUAAGAAUUUCAAUUUUUAAAUCUAAUUAAAUAGGACAAAAUCAUGGAGUGGGUGUUGAUUAUUAUGCACUGG